UUUUGUAUUUCUCCCCCUAAAACCCGCCCUCUCUCUCAUACCCGUCGCCUUUUUCCGUCUCUCUCCCUCAAACCGCCGUCUCUCUCACGCUGCCGUUACCAGUCACCGCGCCGCCGCCGCCUUCCUCUGCCUGACGAGUUGAAGUUUGAUCAAAUGGAGGCGUCGAAGAUGUUCUGUAGUGCAAAGGGCAUCAAGAAUAAUAAAGACCCUUUAGAAGAAUUCAAGGAGAGCACAAUGAAGGAAGAAACCCCAAAAUCUAAGGAAGCAAACACCUACAAAAGCACAAGUGAGACUACCGAAUCUGCAUCGGAGGACAUACCGGAUUUAAGUGACGAAGGAGUGUCUCACAAUGAUUUUAAGGAUGGAGCUUGGUCUCAAAAAGAUGCUCUCAUAUUAGAGACAUUAUCUGAAGACGCUAUCAUACGUUUGGGUAAUGAACUCUUAACAAACUUAACCGCUGGGAUAUCGCAACGACAUGUCGGUUCCAUACUUCUUUUAGCUUUCCAUUUACAUGCUCCAGGAAUUGGAAAUACCGAGAGAAUUGUAUCAGUAGACAAGCUAGCAAGAGAAAGAGACUCUAAACUGAUGAGCCUUGAAAAUACAGUUACAUAUAAACCUGGGAAACCUUGUACAGUAUCAGAGAAGGGAACAAAGUUUGAGAAAGCAAGAGCUUAUGCUUUUAUAGCAGCUUCAAUGUUAAAGAUGUUUACAAGAUCAUCAGAAAACUAUUGCCGUUCUUGGACUCAUAUCUUGAAUGGACACCGGAAGUUUUACUUGAUCGAGACCCCUAUUACAGCACCUAAACCACUCGGAAACGUCCUGCAACAGAUUCGCCAUCACUUCUCUGUUUCAGAUAUAAUGAAAGCGACAUUAUACAGAAUUCUGUAUAACAUGAAUGAAGGUGGCAAUAUUACAAGUGUUCAGAAGUUUCUUUAUGAUAUUCAUCUGUCUCAUACAGGGAUGCACAUUGUACCAAUAGCAUACAACAUUUGUCUUGCUAUGAAUGUUUCUCCUGGAGACCUGAUUCGGGCCAUAUACUCUCCAAGUUUUCAUCCCCAAAUUGUUGCCUUGGUCGCUGCAUUCAAUCUGAUGAUGAAUCAUGAUGAAGACCACACUAGACAAAUGUGGAAAUAUGGAAGAAUAUUUGAGAGCAAGUUUUUCUCAACAUUACAAACUCGAUCCUGUCGCAAACUUUGUUUUACCUUAGCUUGCAUACUGAAACGGGAAAGGGCAAGGUCUCAUGCCAGAAUUCUGGAUAUCAAACAGUUUGAGGCGAUCAGUCAAGAAGAUCGAGAGAAACUGGAAGAGGGGGCCAAGUUAAUAGUUAGAGCUUUGAACAUCAUAGCAUUUGGCGAGCCUAAAACCUUGGUGGACUAUAUUUUCAGUGCCUAAUUUCUUCGAGGGAAGCUGCCGCAUGUUCUUCUCUGUAGAUAUACAAUAUACAGCCUUCCUCUGAAAGCUCUACACAGCUGCCUACUUGCGCAAUUUGUCUUGGUAGUGUUUUUUGAAAUUCCUUUUUGGAAAAUAUGACUUCAUUUUCAUGGAUAAGAUGCAGAUAUUGGAUAUGUAAGAUUUGUAACUUAUGGUUUACACCACUUUUCAAUGGUUUGCAGAGUGACUAGACCAAGAUACUCUGCUGGAAUUCUCGCUACAAUCUGCAAUCACUCCUUUCAUUGCUCUUGUAUGUCUAAAUGGAUUGAUUCUUCUUGCCCGGUGAGUGCUAAUGUUCCUACCAUGAUAUUAUAGGAUUUGUUAGUGUCAUGACUAAACAUCUAUCAAACUGGAGAGAACAUUUUUUUUGUCUUUGGCAUCUAUUAGAUCUUUUUAAUUGUUGGCAUGUGCUUCUUCUGGGCAUCACAUGUGUGUGAGUCGAGUUUAAGACAAACUUGUAUCCGAGGGGAUGAAACAUCACAAUUCAAAGCCUUUUUUUCACAUUA